CACUUCAGGCACUUCAGGCACUCUUGCCGUACCUCCUGCUGCUGGUGAGAGCGCCAGGAACGAAUGGCUCCGUUCCCUUCACACCUAUAUAAACUGUCGGUCCAUGUCAGUGGCACGACGACGAUGAGACGAGCAUCUGACGCCCGCCGACACGAAACUCUAUUCUGAUGCGACACGACAGAGUUGCGGAAACAGCGCCAUGGCCACCGCAGCCGCAGGCGACGACGAUGAACCGACACCACUCCUCCGCUCCGCCACGGCAACGCGCGUACAACCUCUCCCAGCCUAUGCUGCUGCGCGAUCACGCCUACUCCAGCGAGGCUCCAGUGAAGGCCCGCCCUCUCCACAACCACCGCUACUCCCACGCCGACGAACCUCCAUCCUCUCCUUCUCCAGCAUAGAAGGUGCGUCGCGAUCCUUUACUGAUGACGUUCUCGAUCUCAGGACGGACAAUGGAAGUCGGAAAGUCGAGGACGAGCUGAGCACAUGGCAUUCAUCCCCUCUCGCUUUUGCUAUACUGCCUGCCAUCGCGGGGCUAUUGUUCAAGAAUGGCUCAGCCUUCGUCACGGACAUGCUGAUCUUGGGCUUGGCGGGCAUCUUUAUGAAUUGGAGCAUUAGAUUGCCCUGGGACUGGUACUACUCAGCGCACGCUCUGAAAUACGACGUAGAGCCAGAUUGUCCUGCUGCUGCUGCUGCUGCGGAUCAGCCUGAAGAUGCUGUGGACACCGCUUCUUCUACCGGCAGCUCCCCAAAAUCGCCUUCUGAUUCCAAGACGGAGCAUGCGCCCUCAGAAGCUCCUGUGCAAGACACCCGCACGCGCGAGCUGGCCGCUGCAGAGCUGCGUCGACAAGAACUGCUCGCACUUUCCGCAGCCUUCCUGUGUCCGAUUCUGGCAGCCUAUCUACUGCAUGUCAUUCGUGCGCAACUGUCGGGAGCCUCGGGAGCUCUGGUGUCUGACACUAACAUCUCCGUCUUCCUCCUGGCUGCAGAGAUACGUCCGGUCCGCCAGGUCGUGCGUCUCAUGUCUGCACGCACGCUUCAUCUUCAGCGUACCAUCACCGGUCUAGACGAUCCGUUCCAAUCGACUGUGGGCCACACGAGAGAUAUUGAUGACCUAAGUCAGCGCAUCACCGAUCUAGAAGCCAAAGUUUCCGAGACAGCUAAUGCUCCGCCAACUACUAUGAAUGUUGCACAGAAGAGUGACAUGCUCGAUCUAUCCGCUGAGAUGAAGAAGCGCUAUGAGCCUCGGCUGGACGGUCUCGAGCGUGCGGUUCGUCGUUACGAGAAGCGGUCGGCGGCGCUCGAACGUGUGAGCGAAGCAAAGUUUCAAAGUCUCGAAGCACGUAUUCAAGAAGCCCUGACAUUGGCAGCAUCGGCUGCGCACGAAUCUCACAGUCGUGGCGCCUUCGCAAGAUUCCUCGACACGCUGUUUUCCGUCAUUGCAUUUCCUAUCAAUCUUGCCUGGAUUCUAUUCCUCUACCCUUUCGUGGCGCUCGAGAAUCUGUACAACAAGGUCAAGAGCAUUCUCCUUGGACCCAUACCCACUCAUUCUUCUAAGAAGGGCCGAGGAAGGCGAGAAGGUACAAGCAGAGAGGACAGUAGAUCUCGCAAGGAUGCAUCUUUGCGAAAGGUUGUACGGUAGAAUGGCAGGCCUUCAAAGAGGAUGGAAAGGAGUUUUGGGAGCGGGAGCGGGAGAACGGGACCAGGCGAUGAAGAUACCCAUUCGAGUGUUUCUUUCUAUCGUGCUAGAAUGAUCGUCUCGAUAAUCCAUCUAUCUGCGUAGAGUUGCGUAUGACGUGAUCCAGAGUAGUUCUCUGUUUCCGUUCACGUUACCUCGUCAGGUCAGAUAUCCAUAUUUGCGCUUGACCACAUUCCGGUCUGGCCCCGACACUUGAUUCGAGGCGAAGAAGUUUUGAACUGU